AUGAACAACAUCCGUCAAGUCCAGGCGCUCAACAAGCGCGAGCUGGAAAACGCCAUCCCCCCAGAAGCAUCCUGGCACGCCGACUACCGCGACACAGCCUACAUCUACAUCGGGGGCCUCCCCUUCGACCUCUCCGAAGGCGACAUCGUGACCAUCUUCUCGCAAUACGGCGAACCAGUGCACAUCAACCUCAUCCGGGACAAAGAGACUGGCAAGAGCCGCGGGUUUGCGUUUCUGAAAUACGAGGACCAGCGGAGUACGGAUCUUGCCGUUGAUAAUUUGGGCGGUGCGACGGUGUUGGGGAGGAUUUUGCGCGUUGAUCAUACGAGGUAUAAGAGGAGGGAUGAUGAGGGGGAGGAAGGGGAUAACAAUGUUGCGAGGUUGAUGGGGGAUGAGGUAGCCCCCAGCGGGGGGCGCAAUGGGGAGGAGGGGACGGAUGAUGAGGGGGGAAGGAGAAGGAGGAGACGGCGUGGGGAUGGUGGUGAUGAGACCCGUCCGAGGGCGCUGUUGAAGGAGGAGAGGGAGUUGGAGGAGUUGAUAAGGAAUCAUGAUGAGGAGGACCCGAUGAAGGAGUUUCUGGUGGGCGAGAAGAAGGAGGAGGUUGCGUUGGCUUUGGAGAGGGCUAGAGCUGAGGAGAAGUCGUCGAGGAGACGCGGUGGGAGCCGUGAGCGGUCGAGUCGCCAUCAUCAUCAUCACCGGCAUCGUCACCACCGGCACCGCCGGGAUCGUGAUGAUGAUGGUUCUCGUGAACGGGAGAGGGACCAUCGCAGGCGUCGGUCGCCUUCGCGGGAACGGUCUUACAGGGAUAGGUCGCCGGAGCUACGGGAGAGGAAGCACAGAGAUCGGACGCCUGUGAGGUCUCGAUCGCCGGAACCGCGGCGACAUCGAGAUAGGGAGGACAGGCGCCGACGGGCAGAAAGUUGA